AAGCUGCAGGCAGAGUCUGGCUGAUCCUCCCCUUCGCUGGAUCGGAAAUGCUCUUAAAAAGUGUGAGAACUCGCCGCGGAUAAGCGGAUCAGUGUGGAUACUCCAAAUAUCCGAAAGCUUGUUUUCACUUCCUCUGUUCCCGCGGGUGGAUUUGCGUUACAAGGUACCAAUUUACAGCCAGAGUAGGAGGCAGCGAGGCCCCCAGCUAGACACAACACAGAGGAGGAUAGCCGCCCCACAGACUCUUUGAUGUGAUUGUCGUUUGCGUACUUAAACGGUCUGGGCGGAUCUUUUUAAUCGCCGAUUUAAAAUUGAAAACGCAUAAUUUUUUCCAAAAGUUCCAAAAUGCACGUUUUAGAUUAUUUACGCUAACGUACAAUUUCAGAGCUGCACCCCACCCCAACACCUUUCGACCUUCCCAGCGACAUAAACUCAAACAUCUCGUGUUUCUGUAUGUUCCUGCGCGCUCGGGUCCCCUGGUAGUCUCCGUCACCCUUCACCCGCGCGCUGACCUGAAUUCCACUUAAAUAAACGCGAACCAUAUGGCGUUUCCCUGCGGCUUUGGAAACAUCACCGUCAUUAACCCCUUUAUUUGGCUGCAGUUUCUCGCAUAUAUGUGAAUUCAAAACUUAUUUGGAAGGACAAGCCAAGCGUUACAUUUUCAUGCACAAACCAAACAUGAGCACGCGUAGGUGGGUUAAUGUAGCCGCAAAAGUGCACCACCCUUCCUCACCAACGGCCGGGAAGCGGGCCAGCGCUUGGAGCACAGCUCGUGCACUCUAACCGGGUGCAGUGCUGGACACAAGCUAAAUUCUUCCUUCUCCAAAAAAAUAAAAAAGUGAGUCCAGGCGAGCGGAGGACCCCCGGGAUCGACGUGGGAAGCAGUGCUUUCCGUCUGUUUUCUCUGCUUUCAGCCCCCCUCCCCGCCUCGCCUCGCCUCGCGAUGCCACAGACCGCGAGAACACUCGCUUACAGUCACAGCCCCGCAGCACACGGCACGGGGGGACGUGUCCGCGUGGGUCUGAUUUGUCUGUGAAGGCGCGCGUGAGCCUAUCUGCGCGGCGCUGCCAGCAUCUGGGCAGGACGCGGCGGGGGAGGGGUGAUCCGCGACUGAAACCAGAGUUUUGUGGAGGUCUGUAAUUUGCACCAGAUGACCACUUGGGGGUAUGUAGGUCUAAGGAUGUGAAUGCUUCCUCGCGCAGAAUUGUUGCGCACCGGUGCUUGGUUUGUCUUUUUUUGUUCUGAACAGCAAAACGGCAACUUUUGUUAAUGGCUUUACGCUAUUGUCAUAGCUUCCGUUAGUCGUGCCGUUUCAAGACAGCCUCGCGAAAUGUGCGGCGGGAGGGUAGAGUGGCUGCACUGAAUACAAAGGAAUGCCGAGGACUUCGGGGUCUCCUACUUUUGGAAAUGGAAACCGUGUUGGCUCUGUGCUUUCUCCUGCUGUCCGGCGCCCUCUCGGUCCGGGCGUUCUGUCCCGAGCGCUGCGACUGCCAGCACGCGCAGCACGUCCUGUGCACGAACCGGGGGCUGCGCGCGGUCCCCAAAGCCGCGGCGCAGAGCUCCGGCGACGUGCUCGUGUUCAGCCUCGGCGGAAACUUCAUAGGCAACAUUUCUGCGUUCGACUUGAGCCGUUUCGGCCGUCUGACCCGACUGGACCUGCAGUACAAUCAGAUCCAAACGGUUCACCCGAAAGCGUUUGAGAAACUGUCGCGGCUGGAGGAGCUCUAUCUGGGAAAUAAUUUACUCUCGGGAAUUUCUGCAGGAACUUUGCAGCCUCUCAAGAAACUCCGAAUUCUGGACGCAAACAGCAACGAAAUAGACAAGAUAACUCCCGACACUUUCAUGAAUUUGGAAAACGUAAUUAAACUCAGAUUAGACGGAAACUCGAUACAAACACUGCAGGACUCCGCUUUUAAGGGCAUGGAAAAUCUGCUCUAUCUCCACCUGGAAUCUAACGGACUUAGGCACGUUCACGGAAACGCUUUCACCAAGCUGGAGAAACUUCGUUUUCUAAACCUGUCCGAUAACAAGCAAACGGCCCUUCUAAACGCGCAUACCUUCGCCCCGCUCACUUCCCUGACAACACUGCUGGUGGCAGGAAAUGACAUUCAGCGUGUCGGCGACCGCGUCUUCCAGAAUCUGGGAAGCCUGACCAGACUGUCGCUGAGCAACAAUAACAUCUCCCUGCUGGAGCCCCGGGCGAUGGAGGGCCUGUCCGCCCUCCGGGAGCUCCUGAUCGACGGGAACGGGCUGGCGGACGUCCCGGCGCGGCUGCUGGACCCACUGGCGAGGCUGGAGGAGCUGGACCUGAGCCGAAACCGGAUCUCCCGGCUGCACCCGCCGACGUUUCGGAGGCUGAAGCGGCUGACGGUCCUGAAGCUCAACGACAACCGGCUGACCCGCCUGGCCGGCGACGCCUUCGCCCGGAACGGCGGCCUGCGGCACCUGGAGCUGGGCUCCAACGCCUGGGCGUGCGACUGCGGGCUGGCGGGGUUCGGGCGCUGGCUGCGCCAGGCGCGGGCCCAGGGGCGCCUGCUCGCCGCCUUCCUGCUGUGCCGCCACCCCGCCUCGCUGGCGGGACAGUACCUGGACUACCUGCACGGCUCCCAGCUGCAGCCCCCGGGGAACCGCACCUGCGCGGCCGAGCGGCCUGCGGGGGGCGCUGUGCCGGACGCCGCCCCGGAGGAGGAGGAGGACGUGCAGGCGGAUCAGGGGCAGCCCGGCCAAUCGCAGCGGAGGAAGGGCAGGAAGGGCGUGGCCCCGCGGGCCGGGGCUCAGAAGAGGGUCCGAGCCGAGGCCCCCCUGCCGACGGGGGACCCCUCCACCGCGGCCACGCCCGCCGCCCUGACCGCCACGCGCCCCGAGCGCCUGCAGCAGGAGCACCCCCUGGUGGCCGACGCGUGCCGGUUCAACAGCCGCGUCCUGCUCAACGUGAGCGCCGAGCGGGCGAGCCCCACCACCGCCGCGGUGCGCUGGGAGCUCCGCCCCCCCCAGGCCCCGCCCCCGCCCGCGCGGCUGCAGUUCCGCGUGCGCUACGACCGCUUCGGGGCGCCCGCGCAGUUCCCGCGCUUCGUGUACCUGGGGGGCGGCGCCCGGGGGGUGACGCUGCGGGAGCUGGCGCCCGAUUGGCCCUACACCGUGUGCGUGGAGGGCGUGGUGGGCGGGGCCACGUGCGGCGUGGCGUCCCGGGACCACUGCGCUGGCGUGGUCGCCCAGGGGAGCGGCGGCGGCGGCCCGGACCUGCAGCUGGUCACCGUGGCGAUGCUGGCGGCCAACGCGCUGCUGCUGCUGGCGGUGGGCGGGGCCUGGGCGGGGCGGGGCCUGCGGCGGAGGCUCCAGCGCAGGAAGUCGGCCGUGAACAUCCGCCACAUGUACUCCACCCGCCGGCCGCUGCGCGCCAUGGCGACCGAGGCGGUCUCCGCCGACUUCACCGCCUACCAGAGCAGCCGGCCGCGGCUGGGCGGGGCCGACCCCGGCGACCUCAUCCAGUUCCCCUGCGACCGUUUCCUUGACAACAGCACCGCCCGCCGGGACGACGCCAUGCAGCGGUUCCAGGACUGAUCAUCGCCGCAUCGCCACGGCAACGCACUCUUCACGGAGAUACCGCCCGGGGGAACACCUGUCAGGGUGGAAUUAAAAGUUUUAUCUCCCUGAUCCGUAAGAAUUUUUAUUUUUACAAAAUAGUUUUGCAAAAUGGACUCUUUAAUGAGAACCUGGGAGAAAGACCUGCUUUGUAAGUGUUAUAUAAGAAUGUUAGCCGCAUAAAAUUUUUAUUUUUUUUUUGUGUGGGAAAUGGAUUUCGCUCAGUCUUCCUGUCGAAUGAGUGGACUUCCCAUGGGAAGGAACGCCAGCAGCUCAGGAAAUCCUCUGCUGCUAUUACCCACCACCAGGGGGCAGCACCUGAGCAUACACGCGUGUGAUGUGUGUUGGUGUGUUAGAGAUACAGGUGUGUAAUGUUUACGGUGUGUGAUACAUACCUGUGCAUUAUGGAUGCAGGUGUUUAAGGGGUGAAAAAUAGGUGCAGGUGUGUUAUAGAUAUUUAAAAUCUACGAUGUGUUUGCUUUACUGAUGUACACCAUCGGGCCAAUCACAGACCUGAUAUUUUUUUUGGCAAAACAGACCCAUAUCUGCGUGAGACUCCAGCCAGCCCUGAUUCAGUUAUUUGUCACAUUAUCUACCGGUUGCUUGAUACAGCAUCUGAAACGUAAACAUGGAAGGAUUAUUUUGCUGUUUGUGUAGAAAUAUUGUUGGUGAAAUAUAAGGAAUGCAAAGGAGGCUUUGCUUUGUUAAUUAAGGCCUGUCCCUAGCAGAACUCCGCCUAGAGACCAAAUCACACGCAGAACCACAUCGGUUUCCUCUACUUCCUGUUAGCGCUGGACACUUCCUCGCACCUGCCACUGACUGUGUGUGUGUGUGUGUGUGUGUGUGUGUGUGUGUGUGUGUGUGUGUGUGUGUGUGUGUGUGUGUGU